CGGUACAUGCCCACGGGCGCGAGGGCAGCACUUUCUCCCUCGACCUCUCCCAAUUCCAGCGGCAUCGCGGAGCCUCGACGGGAUGGCUCCUUCGGCUCGAUACUCCAGUAAUCUGGGGCAGAUCAUCGAAUAUAUUCCCGACCGCCUCUACCUCGCAUCCUACGUCGAACCCCCCGAUGCCAACACCGUCUUCCCCUACCCCGACCCACCUCCGCGCUCGCCGAGCAAGAGGUCCCAACGGGCGCUCGAGACGCAAUCCCGCCGGAAGCAGCCCUUCUACUUCACCGUAGACGACACCCUCCUCUACAAUGCCUUCCACCACGACUUUGGCCCGCUUCACAUUGGCCACCUCUACCGCUUUGCCCUGCAGUUCCACGAGAUCUUGGGUGCCGAGGAGAACAAGGACAGGCCAAUUGUGUUUUGGAGCAGGGCAGACCCGCGUAGCCGUGCCAAUGCUUCUUGCUUGCUCGCGUGCUAUAUGGUUCUCAUCCAGUCGUGGCCACCCCACCUCGCGCUAGCACCGAUUGCCCAAGUCGACCCGCCGCUGAUGCCCUUCAGAGACGCUGGCUAUAGUCAAGCAGACUACGGAAUCACCGUGCAGGAUGUCGUGUAUGGAGUUUGGAAGGCGAAAGAGGAGGGAUGCUGUGUUCUCGAGACCUUUGAUCUCGACGAAUACGAGCGUUUCGAGCGUGUCGAGCAGGGCGACUUCAACUGGAUCACUCCCCACUUCCUCGCUUUCGCCUCGCCCCAGAGCACGCCCUCCGCCCGCACCAUGGAGGGAACCGAGGCCUGGGAAGCGCUGCCAAAGACGCUGGCCGCAGUGGAUGCUCACCCAACGCUCGGCCAACCGUUCAAGAACGUUCUGACCCACUUCAAGGAGAGAAACAUUGGCCUCGUGGUGCGUCUGAACUCAGUCCUCUACGACGCGGCGUACUUUGAGGCGCUCGGGAUACAACAUGUCGACAUGAUCUUUGAGGACGGCACCUGCCCGCCCCUGUCGAUGGUGCGUAAGUUCAUCCGCAUGGCGCACGAGAUGAUCACGGUCAAGAAGAAGGGCAUUGCGGUUCACUGCAAGGCCGGCCUCGGGCGCACCGGCUGUUUGAUCGGUGCCUAUCUCAUCUACCGGUACGGGUUCACGGCCAACGAGAUCAUCUCGUACAUGCGCUUCAUGCGCCCCGGCAUGGUCGUCGGCCCCCAGCAGCAUUGGCUGCACCUGAACCAGGGAACCUUCCGCGAAUGGUGGGUGGAGGAGCGUGUCGAGCGGAAGCUCCGCAAGGAGGCGGCCCUCGCCGCAGCAGCCGCCCAGGCCAACGGCAACCACCAGCCUAGCACUCCCGUUCGUGCGAUGCAAAAGACGCACCUCGGCCGCAGCUCGAGCAAGAACGGGACGUCAACGCCUCCCAACCGGGGUGGUGUCCGGACGCCGCUUGGAGAGAUUGAGCAUGACCAGGCUCGUGACAACAGCAUUGGCGUGCAGGAAGACUACCUCCCCGCGCCGACACCGGGCCAGCCGCGCAAGACCCAGCGGGGUGGCGUCGAUCGCCAUCAUCCUUACGGUCGCAGCACGAAUGCGGUGCCGACGGUCGAGGAAGAAAGCGUGGAUCACGAGAUCGAGCCCGAGGUCGCGUCGUCGACACGGCGCUCGCAUGCAGCCGAGUCCGACGAGGAGUGGAACCUGCGCAUGCGAUCGCACCGCAAGGCUUCUGCCUCGGUCUCGCCGGGACGCCGGGAACGGUCGGUCAGUCACCACACCACUACCAUGACAACGACGACGACUACGACGACGACGGCGACGGCGACGGCAAUGUACCAGGUCAUCGACAACGACGCGUCCAACGACAUUGAGAACAUCGGCAUGGCCACGCCAAAGACAAAGUCGUAUGAUCAAGCCCAGCGCGCCACCUCGGCCUCGGGAGUCCUAGCCAAGGUUCGAGGGUCCAGCGGCUCUCCCAAGCGUGCCGCCGGCGGAUCCGGGGUUCGGGAGGCCGGUGUCCGCAAGACCAGCGGCCGCGUCGGGAGUGUCGGUAAUGUCUCUCCCAUGGCGGCAACCGCACGCAAGGUCAGCGGGGCGCAGUAAGGCGGCAGAAAACGGAGAGGGGAUUGUGAGCAUAUCGAGUCACGGUCCUAUCUCUGCGCACGCCAAUGCCCCCUUUGUCACGACGCGACUGUUGUUCACGAAGUUUAUGACGACCAUGAUGAUCCUGGGCAUCUUUUACAUUCUCCACCAACCUAAUCAUCUCUCCGACUUGUUCCGUGGUUGGUUAUGCGGAUCGAAUCCUACAUUUGCUGCAUACCUGGCGUUGCGGAAAAGGGUGGUUUGAAAUGAUG